AGCAUCAAAACCCUUCUCCCUCCUCUCUCUCUCACUUAUGGAAGAGGAGCUCGAGGAGAUAGAGCUCAAAUGUUCCCUCCUCGGCGAAAUCCAUCGCAACCCAAGCACACGAACAAGAGGGAGGAGCCAUGGCUCGCGACGACGCUGAGGCCCGAAAACUUCGUCCCCGGGCUCCUUAUUGGCUUCCUCCUGGGGUUGUUCGUCGAUCUCGCCGCUUCCCGCAGAAGCGGCUUCAAGGGGAAGCCCACCGCACCUCCGGCUUCUGGGAAGAAGCCGGUGGGCACCUUCAAUGGCGGCGGCGAAGAGCUCAAGAUGGUUUUAAUUGUUCGACAAGAUCUGAAGAUGGGUGUUGGUAAAAUUGCUUCCCAAUGUGCUCAUGCGGCAACUGGCUUGUAUGCAGAACUGUUGCAAAGCAAUCGAUCUCUUCUGAGGCAAUGGGAGCAGUUUGGCCAAGCUAAAAUAGUUUUGUCAUGCAAGAAUCAACAGGAAAUGUAUGCAAUUUCUUUCCCUUGAUAUUCCAGGAACAAACUGAAGGAAGCAGCAGAUCGCUGCGGCCUUCCAACUCAUAUUGUUGCCGAUGCAGGUCGGACGCAGGUGCAAGCAGGAUCUAGGACAGUUCUUGCCAUUGGACCAGGGAGGAAGGCAGAUAUAGAUUCAGUUACUGGGAAAUUGCGUCUACUAUUCCACCCAAGCGACACCAACCUUGUUAUUCGUGAGUUUGAGAAAUGUGGGGUAAUAUUGAGACAUUUACACGGUCCAAGCAAUUCUAACUGGAUCCAUAUACUCUAUGAGCACCGCUAUGAUGCUCGGAAGGCUCUUGAAAAGAAUGGGACUCAAUUAACAAGCGCUCUUAUUAUCGGAGUGAAGUCCGUUGAUCAGAUAGAACGACAGCUUCUUAACGAGAGGCUCAAUAAACUAAAUCGCGGGGGCUUCAUGGUCUCCUUACCAUCAAAACCAUCUGUGAAGACCACAGCUUCUUCAAGCCAAUUGGGAGCUUUCCUGCGGCCCUACCACCCGAAGUCCAACACCAAUGUUAUCGGUGACAGUGGGCGCCGUGCAACAGGAAGCAUCGCAUCACCAGCAAAAUCGCUCGUAUCAAAAGUCGCGGACUUGGUUUUUGGGUUAUGACCCUCUUUUUUUUUUUCCGAAUUUUUGCCAUCAUUUUUUUUCCCUUCAGUUUGAUACUUGUUGUCCGGCAAUUUUUAGGUGUGUGCGGAUGUUCUUUUAAGUCUCUUAUGCUAAAGAACGGAACAAUGGCUUCAGAAUGGUUAAAGGAGAGCUUCAUAGCAAAAAUAGGGGAGAUUGAUGAUGCUGUAGCUUUGUUGUGUAACUCUUGGCCUGAAUUUGUAGUUUCUUUUUUUUUCCGUUGUUGGAAUAUUUGAGUGGUUUUUCACUCGCAAUCUUUGCACUGAAAUAUUACUGUUGAUUGUUGCAAA